CCUCUACAAGUCUGACCAUGGUCGCCGCGUCGCAGUGCCAAUACGCCUACAAGGUUUGCCGAAAUCCCCGCACGCUCAAGAGUGACGGGGACGAACACAAACUGUGCGCAUACCACCGCGAUCGCGCCAACUGUGUGCAAAAGAUCUAUGCCGCUAAGCGCCGCCAACGCCUUCGCGAGCAGAAAAGAACAUCAAAAGUCCCUGUGACCACCAAGCCAUUGCCAUAUUCCCAUGCCAUCCAAGCGUCCUCCAUGGACCCCGUCGAAGUGUUUCUCCUCGGGAAGCUCUUCAGCAACGAUGAGGACUCGGUGUGGACUCCAAGCAUUGAAUGGUCGACCGACGAAUGCAAUGCCCUGCGUGAAAUGCUGGCAUGAUACCCGGACAACUGGCGGGGCGGUCGGUGCCUCCAGGCUGGGCGUCAAAUGUUGGUUCCCAUGGGGGCGGUCGAAGGGUACUACACUCGCAAGAGCGGUAGAGUACGCUCUUCGACGCCCGGCGCCUCCAACAGACCGACACCUCCACGAUUCAAAUAGACAAAAACGAAGCGUAGUAAAACAGUUGUUGGAAUUAAAUUAUAGUGCAUAUGCAUUGUCAACGUAUCGUAUUUGAUGCCA